AACAGGGAGGCCCGAAUCGCCCCUCACAUGGUCGUAAUCCCAUGGCUUGCCCAGGGCCACCUCAUCCCAAUGCUUGACCUUGCUCGUCUCCUCGCCACCGCCGGCGCCAAUGUUACCGUUAUCACCACCGCCGCCAACGUCCCCCUUUCCACCUCCCCGUGCCCAGCCUCCCUCCGCUUCUGCGUCAUCCCUUUCCCUUGCCCCUCCCUCACAGGCUUACCCCCUGGAUGCGAGAAUAUCGACUCCCUCCCCACCCACCGCCUCGCAGGCCCCUUCUACUCAGCUGCCAAGCUCCUCCGUGGCCGCAUCGAGCACCUUCUUCUCCACGGCCUAUCGCCCUUGCGGCCCCCAUCUUGCCUCCUCUUUGGCAUCGGCUUCCCUUGGCUUGCCUCACUCGCGCGCGACGUGCUUCCCAUUCCCCGCCUAGUAUUCCAUGGAUUUUCCUCAUUCACUCACCUUGCCUCCCACUACCUCCACGCAUGCAAAACCCACGAGCGAGCCUACAACUUCUUCCUGCCGGGGCUCCCGCACAAGGUGGAGAUCACGCGGUCGAAGCUCCCGGUGUUCUUUGACAAGGCCAGUGAGGUGCGCUCGGUGUACGAGGAGAUACGAGAGGGGGAAGUGGCGGCGGAUGGGGUUGUCGUGAACAGCUUCGAGGAGCUGGAGCCGAAGUACGCAGCUAUGUUCGCGGAGGCCACUGGGAAGAAGGUUUGGACUGUCGGACCUGUUUCGAUGUGUCAAAGGGAGAAGCUCGAUGUGGGUUUAAGGGGGAGGAAGGGUUCAUCGGGGGUGGAUGUGGAUAGGUGCAAGAGGUGGCUGGACGACAGGGAGAUUGGGUCGGUGGUGUACGUGAGCUUCGGCAGCAUGGGCCGGCUUGAGCCAGAGCAGACGGUGGAGCUGGGGAUGGGUUUGGUCAUGUCGGGUUGGGCGUUCAUGUGGGUGGUGAGAGAAGGCGCGCCUCCGCCACCGGUGGAGUUGGAGGGAGUGGGGGAGAGGGGGAUUGCGGUAAGGGGGUGGUCGCCGCAGCUGAUGGUGCUUUCGCAUGCAGCGUUGGGAGGGUUUUUGACGCACUGCGGGUGGAAUUCGGUGGUGGAAGGGGUGGCGGCUGGUGUACCGAUGGUGACAUGGCCGCUGGGAGCCGACCAGUAUUUGAACGAGAAAUUGGUUGUGGAGGUUUUGAAGGUUGGGGUGGAGGUGGGGGGAAGAAAAGAAGAUGAGGGGUUGGUGCGGAGGGAGGAGGUGGCGAGGGCGGUGGAGAGAGUUAUGGGAAGAGGAGAGGAAGGGAAUGAGAUGAGGAGGAGAGCCAAGGAAUUGGCGGACAAGGCAAGGAGAGCCAUGGAACGUAGUGGAUCUUCUGGCCUGAGCCUGGCGCAGUUAAUCCACGACGUUGCAUGCUGGCCCGUUGCAUAG